GGAACAAAUUACCUACGAAUACUUAGUUUUAGUUCCAAUUGAAACGGAGCGCGGUAACGGUUAAUUUUUUUGUUUGUCGUUAAUUUUCUACGUAUACGUGUGUGAUAGUGAGUGGUCGAACGGUCAAUUUAUUGUUCUUUUCGGUUUUUUAUCGUAUUUUCAAAUGUUAAUUGAAAUUUCUCUUAAGUGAUCUUGACAAAGUAAUUAAGUGAUUUAAUUAAAAUCAAAAAAAUGCUUAUGUAAAAAAAGAAUAUAACAAAAUAAUAAAAAAACAAAAAAUUUAUUUUCAAAAAAAUAAUAAAUUUGCAUACAGUUCUUGAGAGAUCAAAAAAAAAAAAAUACAAAUAUUAAAUACCAAUUAUCAAAAAAAAUAAAAAAUUUCAAUAAAAAUCCUUAAUAUCUAAAAAAAAAAUUGUUAUUUACUUAAUCCUUUACAAAUCUCUAGUGAAUGUGUAAAAUAUAAAUCCCAGAAAAAAAAGCUUUUCAAAAUACAACUAAAAUUUAUAAUACUGUGAUAAAUAUAAAAAAUUACAUAAAAUUUAACAAAUGAAAAUAAAAGUUACACAAUAAAUAACUAAACAAAAAUAAAAACAAAUAAAACAAACCAAUAAUUUCAAACCAAAAAAAAAAAACAACCAAAGUUUUCACAGUUACACAAAAUUAUCAAACUAAAAAUGUUGCAAUCCCUUAAACUGCGCACAGACAAUCUUAUGGAAGCUACAAAUAAUGGUAUGGAUAACCACAAUAACAACACAAAUAAUCUAGUUGCAACAACACCGCCAACAACAGCCGCAGCAGCAGCUUUAACAACAAAUCCACUACUAACAACUUUGGCAACAUCAACGACUUUGUUAACGCCCGCAAUAACAGCAACAACAAAUUUAGUUAGAGAAACUUUGUCAACACCUGUUGCUCUGCAUGCCAAUGGUCUGAAUGUUUUUAACAACAACAACAGCAGCAAUAAUCAUAUAGUAAACAAUACCAACAACAACAAUAAUAACAAUAAUCAUUUAAAUAAUAUACACCACCUGCAACAAUAUCAAGCCAAAUAUUUAGAAUCUGCCAAUGCUGCAACAGCUGCCUCCGCCUCUGCUGCUCAUAAUGUUAUAACAACUGCAGCAAAAAGUUUUCAUCCUUAUUUGCGUCCAGUAACAAAAAAUACCUCCUCUACUUCACCACCCUUAACAGCAGCUAACAAUUCCACUGCAACUUUGUCCACACCAACUAAAACAACUACAACAUUGUUUCAAACACUUUUACAAAACCAAAUAAAUUCCACGGUUGUUGCAACAACAACAACACCAGCAGCAGCUGCUGCUCUAGCAACAACUAUAACAACAUCAGCUAAUACUUUGGCCACAACAGCAUCAAGUGGAUUAUUAACUUUGCCAACAACACCACCAUCAUCAUCAGCAGCCGCAGCAACAACUUCAUUAGCCAGCAACAACAUGGAAAACCAAUCCUCACAAAUUAAUCCGUAAGUUGUAUUCACUUGUUCUCUUUUUUAUGCUUGUUUUUAUGUAGUUUUAAUCAUCAUUUUAAACAUACUUUUCUGUUGUGCCCCCCACUGCCUGUUGCAUUUAACAUGGCAUUUGGAUUUAAAUACUAAAUACUUGUUUUUUUAACUAUACACCACCAUCAGUAAUCACAGUGGGUAUAUAUAAGUUUAAUAUACCAUGUGUAACACCAAGGAAUAUUCAUCUGACACCCAACAUACUAUAUAUAUAUAUAUAUGUAUAUAUUCCGGGUCUUUAGGAAAUUUAAGGCAAUGUCCGUCUGUCUGUUGUUUGAACUAUCCACCAUUAUCAGAGGUUUUUCCUAAUUCCUAAGAAGUUUUAUUUGUUUCAACCAGGGAUCAAUUAUGUUUAAAAUCAUAACAACCGUUUCAAAAUUUCCAAUAUCCCCCAAACAUAGGUACAUAUUCCCGGAAAUGAAUUUAUCGUUUAUAACUCCUUCCAAAAUAUCGACAUCACCACAAAGAUAUAAUGUAAUAUUAAUAGAAAACAUAUUACUUACCUGGAUCCAUAUCGAUCCAUAAUUGGUCAUAAUUCACACAUAAGGUACACUUCAGAAAAUCUCUUAAAUGCACACAACUUAUGAAGAAAUAAAGAUUAAAGUUGAUAUAAAUAAUUUUUGUGUCAAAAUAUUUUCCGCAUCGAUCCUUAAUUGGUCCAAUAGGUCCCAUAUAAGGACCACUUCUGGCAACCACACAAAAACUGACAUAUUUCAUUA